UUUUAUGAAAAAAUAAUAAUAAAAUCAACCGUAGAUAUAUACUUAAUACAGUGUACAACUACUAUUCUCAUAAAACCAUCUUGCUUAUUAUUUUAAUGUACAAUGAAGUAACACACAAAAUAGAACACACUUUGCCUCUCACUAUUAGACACGACACGAGUGGUAUAAGAAAAAAACAUAUCGAGGCAUUGCGUCAGCAAUGUAUUAAUGAAUUCUUUGGCAUUGUAAACGGUAUCGACAGCGAACUCAAGGAAGUUGUAAAAUUUAUGUUUUAUAUACAUAUGGUGGUUUUUCAUAUUUAAACAAUUUUUAUUGUAAACAUACGGAAUGUCGGAAGCAGACGAAGUUAAAGUGGAAAUUAGUGGCGAGAUGACUGUUCCCAAGGAACAACAUAGACCACAAUUCGAUUUCAGCAGUUUUGCGAAUGUUCAAAGAAUACCAAGUCCAAUGGAUGUCAUACAGUUAACAAGAAAGUAUAUACGUCCGUGGUCAGAGUUUAUUAACACCGCUAAUUUCAAAGCUGCAGCGAGUAUGCCACGUUUAACGAACCGAUUUGUGCGCAAUAUAAGUUACUUCCAAAGCAAUUAUAUAUUUAUUUUUGUAUUACUGAUGAUAUAUUGUCUCAUCACAUCACCGUUACUACUGAUUGUUUUGGGUGCUGUGGCAUAUGCAAGUCAUAAAAUUAAGAAGGCUCAAAUGCCGAUCACUAUUUUUGGACAACAGCUUGGGACUAAUCAACAAAUAAUGGCUAUAAAUUUUGCUUCCGUGCCAAUUUUAUACUUAGUAGGUGCGGGUGCCGCAUUGUUUUGGACAUUGGGCGCCUCUUGUUUUGUAAUAUCAUUGCAUGCUGUAUUCUACAAUAUUGAUGCAAUUGUAACCGAAGAAAACGAAGGAUUUCUCUCAGAAGUUGUGUAAAACAUUUUAAAGAGUUAAACAAGUUACGCAGGCACAUUAUACCAAAUGUACCCAAAUUACUAAAUGCAAUUCUUUUUAUUUAUACAUAGUUUUAGAUCAUAAUAAAUUUAAUAAAUAUAAAUAUAUGUAUGUACAUAUUAAAAUUGAACUCAAA